AUGCAGCAGCAGAAUAAGGACAAGAAGAAAAAGAAGGACGAACGAGACCUGCGGACGCCACCGUCGCUCGCCUCCGGCGGCAUCCCAGACCCGACGCCGGCGUACCAGCAGCUCUCUGCGCUGCCGCCCCUGGCGCUCAAGGAGCCGCGCAAGCUGCUCGUCGUCAUCGACCUCAACGGCACGCUGCUGCACCGGCCCAACAAGCGGCACCCGAGCCGGUUCGUCGAGCGGCCCCACGCGCGCCAGUUCCUCGCCUACUGCAUCGACGUGUUCCACGUCGUCAUUUGGUCGUCCGCCAAGCCCGCCAACGUCGCCAGCAUGUGCAACCAGCUCCUGACGGGCGAGCAGCGCUCCAGGGUCGUCGCCAUCUGGGCCAGGGACAAGUUCGGCCUCACGCCCACCGACUUUGUCGCGCGCACCCAGUGCUACAAGCGCCUGCACGUGCUCUGGGCCGACCCGGCCGUCGCCGCCAGCCACCCCGACGCGGCCCGCGGCGUGCGCUGGAGCCAGCAGGACACGGUGCUCAUCGACGACUCGCUCGAAAAGGCCCGCAGCGAGCGGCACAACCUCGUCGAGAUCCCCGAGUUUGUCAGCAGCAGCGACAAUGACGGCGCCGUAGCAACAGAGGUCGCGGAUAUCCUGCCCCAGGUGCACGACUACAUCAACGAGUGUGCCAGCCAGGCCAACGUCAGCGCCUUCAUCCGCGAGAGGCCCUUCAGGGCGCUGCCUACGUCGCAGCUGCUGCUGGGCAUGGCGAGUAGGCCCGAGAGAUGA